GCCACUUCCUGCUUCCGGGAGGGCCCGGUGGGGCGGGGAGCGGCGCGGGGAGCAGCCGCGGCCAUGGAGAUGCAGUCGUACUACACGAAGCUCCUGGGGGAGCUCAACGAGCAGCGCAAGAGGGAUUUCUUCUGCGACUGCAGCAUCAUCGUGGAGGGGAGGAUCUUCAAAGCGCACAAAAACAUUCUGUUUGCCAACAGCGGCUACUUCAGGGCCCUGCUGAUUCACUACAUACAGGACAGCGGGCGGCACAGCACGGCCUCCCUGGACAUCGUCACCUCGGAGGCCUUCUCCAUCAUCCUGGAUUUCCUCUACUCGGGGAAGUUGGAUCUCUGUGGGGAGAACGUCAUCGAGGUCAUGUCUGCAGCGAGCUACUUGCAAAUGACGGACGUGGUCAACUUCUGCAAAACCUACAUUAGGUCCUCGCUGGAUAUUUGCAGGAAAAUAGAGAGGGAAGCCGCUUUCUACCAGGCUGACAGUGGGAGUGGAGGCUCAGCGAGAGAGGGCCCCUCGCACAGCACCAAGGGGCAGAGCAGCACCUCGGCCCUGCGGGAAAAGGAGGGGAUGGCGGGCUGCCAGGGCGACCCUCCGUGCGGAGAGUGCAGCAGCUGCCAUCCCCUGGAGCUGGUGGUGAGGGACCCCGGGGGCAGCGACUCCCCGGACGACGCCAACUCUUCCCUGCCCAAGGGGGUGGAACCCAAGGUCGAGUUCGAUGCGGACGAGGUGGAGGUGGACGUGGGGGGGCGGCUGCAGCAGUACCCGGCUGCGUUGUCUCUGGAGCAGGUGGACGAGGGGCUGCACGGAGGGCAGGCCAUGGACCUGGCCUGCAAGAACUAUCACAUGAAGCAGUUCCUAGAGGCCUUGUUGCACAACAGCUCGGCUCAGAGGAAGGAUGACGUAGUUCAUCACUUUGUUCGGGGCUUUGAGGGUAGGCCAGAGGAUGCAGGGGUAGCCAUGAGCUCCAUGGUGGACAUUCACAGCGACUGGUAUGGUGAGGACACAGGUGACGUGUUGGUUGUGCCAAUCAAGCUCCACAAAUGCCCGUUCUGUCCCUACACGGCCAAGCAGAAGGGGAUCCUGAAGCGGCACAUCCGCUCGCACACCGGUGAGCGGCCCUACCCGUGUGAGACCUGCGGGAAGCGCUUCACGCGCCAGGAGCACCUGCGGAGCCACGCGCUGAGUGUGCAUCGAUCCAAUAAGCCGAUUAUCUGUAAAGGCUGCAGGAGAACAUUCACAAGCAGUCUGUCCCAAGGAUUACGGCGCUUUGGCUUGUGUGACAGCUGCACUUGUGUGACCACCACGCACGAGGACUCAAUGCCCAUUAACCUCAGUCUGAUGGAACCAUCGUCAGAGGGCCAGGAGAAGGGUGAUACGGAUAAUGACUGGCCCAUAUACGUGGAGUCUGGGGAGGAGAACGAUCCUGCUGAUGAUGAUGAUGCUGAGGACAAGCAGGAAAUCCACAGGAGCUUAGCAGACCGAGAACCACUUACGUAGCAGUGGGAGGAGGUGGGGAGGAUUGGAAAUCUCUCUCCAACAGUGGUUGGUCUGCAACAGGAAACUUUGUAUUUAUCCAGCUGGUGAGACUGAGUUGGGUUUUUUUAAUUGUUAUUCAGUGUUUUAAUAGAAGAGUGGGAAGAAUUCAAAUUCUUAAUACUUCUAAGUUUUCAGUGCUGUGCACCAGAAUUCUGUGAAGGAUCUGCCCAGGGUUCACAGAGGUCUCAUCUGAGCAGCCUCCAGCUGUGCCUCUGCCUCCUGGUUUCGAGGAAGAGGAGGUGUUUUGUAGGCAGAACCCUGUUGUUUUCAUAACAGGUUUCUUCAAAUAAUGAUGUCGUGUUCCUUAAUCCCUGGUCUGAAAGGGACACUGCUCUCUCUCUCUGAAGAUUCAAUUAGAAGAAAUGUGGUUUUCAUCCUUUGGACUUUUCUAAGUUAAGUUUUGAUCUCUCUGUAUUGGGGCAGUAUUAUCGAAACUGUAAACCUCGCGCCUUUUCAUAGACUUACUGUGACCUGGAAGCCAGGGCAGACGUGUCAGGAUAACAAAAAUAUGCUGCUGAUGAAAGCGUAGAAAGUAAGAAUAAAUUCAUUUCACAUAUCCUUAA